AUGCAAAGAACACAAUUACAACCAAUGCUUUCCAAAGGUGCUGAUGUAAACACUGUUGAUAGAACAGGAUGGAACGCAUUGAUGAUUGCCGCUGAAAAUAAUAACAUUGAACUUGUAAAUAAACUUGCAAGUCUUGGUGUUGAUGUCAAUAAAAAGAAUCCUGAUGGAGAAAAUGCUUUACACAUCGCAUGCGGAAAUAAUUGCAAUGAUGUUAUUGAGAAAUUAAUAUCUCUGGGAUCAGAUAUGAAUAGUCAGAAUUUGAAGCAAGGUGUUACUCCUGUUAUGAUGGCAUCAACUAAUUCUUCCUCAUACAUUUUGAAUUUGUUACUUGAACAUGGUGCUGAUUUCAACAAAACAAGUUUUUACGGAAUGACUGCUUUGCAUUUCUGCGCAACAUACAAUUCUGUUGAUGCUGCAAAGUUGUUAUUAAGUAAAGGAGCAAAGAUUGAUGCCGUUGACAAUUUUGGAAGGACUCCUCUUGUUGUUGCCGUCAGUAAUUAUCCAAUCGCCAAAUUCCUUAUUGAUAAUGGAGCGAACAUCAAUUACAAAAUGCCUUCGGACGGAUCAACUGUUCUGAUGGUUGCAAUUGCUGAAGAAUCGGAAGAACUUGUUCGUUACCUCGUUGACAAAAGUGCAAAUCUCAAGGCAAAAACAAAACAAGGUCAAUCAGUAAUGAAUUUUGCAUCCCAUUGCAAAUCUCAAAGUAUCAAACAGUAUUUAAUGAGUCAUGGAGCUAAAUGA